CCUUCCACUCGGACGCAACCUGGACCUGAGGAGCUGAGGGUGCGGGACGCUCGGCCGGCGAUAAGACCGCAGCUGGGCACGGACGCUCCGACGUACUGACCGUGUGACUCAUCUGCCCCUUUCGCGCCCCAACAACCCAGCGGGAGCGUGCGUCGCAGAACGACUGUCAACGGGCCUGUUGUGCUGUACCUUUUCUACUAAUUCGUCAAAAUGGGAAUUUGGGGAUCUCGUCCAAAGCCAAUCCCCGAGGAUAUAUAUCCUGGGCCAGAAUUUUACGAUCUUCUGAAGUACCGAGCAGAAGCCGCUGACCUCUCCCCUGUGCCCGGCGCUGACAAGAGGAAGAUGACUAUCGCCGGUGCCCGCGACUUCCAUCUGCCUGAUCGCCGCCCAGUGCUGUACUGCGACGACCUCCGCGCUCUGGUUGGGGGUACCAACGUCGUCCUCGAGGAACUCCCGCAGGAGGAAGACGGACUCUCGCGCGUGCUUCUCACAGUCAGACUUCACUUCCGCAAGUAUUUCUUCGUGGGGAAAGGUCGCUCCUACAUGGAUGCUGCUGGUUACGCUUAUUUUGAUGCAUACAUUUCCCUCACUGGCCAGCGUAUCGAAGAUACGUAAUCAUCUUCCCAAUUUUUUU